AUGGAGAGGGCGAGAGAGGUGUCAGAGGAGGGUGAGAGAGGGGGGGAGGGGUCAGAGGGGGGUGAGAGGUCAGAGGGAGGUGAGAGGUCAGAGGGGGAGGCGUCAGAGGGGGGUGAGAGGUCAGAGGGGGGGAGGGGUCAGAGGGGGGUGAAAGGUCAGAGGGGGGUGAGAGGUCAGAGGGGGAGGCGUCAGAGGGGGGUGAGAGGUCAGAGGGGGGUGAGAGGUCAGAGGGGGGUGAGAGGUCAGAGGGGGGAGGCGUCAGAGGGGGGUGAGAGGUCAGAGGGGGGGAGGGGUCAGAGGGGGGGGAGAGGUCAGAGAAGGGGAGGGGUCAGAGGGGGAGGGGGUGAGAGGUCAGAGGGGGAGGCGUCAGAGGGGGGUGAGAGGUCAGAGGGGGGGAGGGCUCAGAGGGGGGAGGCGUCAGAGGGGGGUGAGAGGUCAGGGGGGGAGGGGUCAGAGGGGGGUGAGAGGUCAGAGGGGAUGAGAGGUGAGAGGGGGGUGAGAGGGGGGAGGGGGGUGAGAGGUGAGAGGGGGGGAGGUGAGAGGGGGGUGAGAGGUCAGAGGGGGGGAGGGGUCAGAGGGGGUGAGAGGUGA